ACAGUUUCUUGGCGGAGUUCAAACGGAUCGGAUCUAACCGUUAACCGUGCGUGUUUAUGUGGGUGUGCUUGGAUGUGUGUGUGCGAGGAAAGGGGGCUAUAAUUUUCAUGGGUUGUGAUCGUGUUAAAAUUUUGAAAUCUUGACCAGUUGAAAGUGCCCGGUAACAUCUAGAGAGCUCUAGUGUCUUAAGUCUGAAGGAGAGUCUCCUUCAGAGAUCAGAGCCACGAUCUGAAGAUCUUCCGGAAAUUCUAAACCGGCACAACAAAAACCUUGGUAGUUCGCGAUCCGCUCGAAUCUCGUGUGUGCUUUUCUGCGCGACACAUCGGAGAUCACGAUCGUGUUCGCCGAUCGUUCCACGGUUUGCAGUUUUGCAAUUUCGCAACCUACUCGGAAUAUUAACCUCAAUUUUCGCACAACAAGUGGUGUCUACAGGCAAGAACAGCCCCACAGCUGCGCGUGUGUGUGUGUGUGAUGAAAAUUUUCCGAGUUUGUGUACUAAAAAUAUCGGACAGCCCGAUGGUGAAUCAUUAAACGCUGCACUCGGGGACCUUUAUUAUCAUCGAGCGCCGUGAUUUCAUCUUCCCGACCACGCUUCCGUACGCGGAUUGUUUGUACAGUGGGGGGAGAGUUCGUUUUUUCGGUGUCUAGGAGAUAGUGAGGGUGUCGCAAGGUUUACCAAGGUUGCAAGGGAAAGGGAACUCUGUCUUGAUAGUCAGGACUCUGUCGCCUUGCCUUCUUCCAAGACAUUGCCUCUGCUUUCAAAGCCACUUGAGACGGUGAAGUGAAGUCAUCGAGUAGUCCUCAUUUUGCUUCCCAAUUCUCGAUUUUGAUUUACAACCAGAAUUUCUACAUCCUGAACCGGUGAAUUCCAAGUUUGUGUGACCUUGAUUCUUGUAUCUCAGCGUCCGUGUAUGUGUGUGUGUGCUUCUCUUGGUAGUGCCAACAAGGAAAAGUGAUACCAACCUCCCUACCGGUGCACCGAACAUUAGCUCAGUGUUUGGUGCAAAGUAAACUCGGGACGAAGAUUGAACGGAUAGUAAAUAACCGUUUCACAUUACAUCGCUGCCAACGUGGGACGACCCCCGAAUAAAAUCCGGAUCCGGCACACCGGCGGCCGAUCAUAAUGCCACACGACUGCAUCAAGCUGAUGCUUUAUUGAUGUGUGUGCGUGUUAUUUUCGGGCACAUGACACCCGGCCCCGUUUUACCGGACGUGAAAAUUCAAUAAAACCGUUCGCUCGCUAGACGUGCCCGAGGAAGAUAUCGGGAGGGCUCACACGCAUAAUUGGCCUUCGAUGAGAUCAGGACGGUGACAGAGAAGAGUGCCUAUCCCGUGCCUUCGGUUGGGGCCAACCGAAAACAAUAAAACCCAUCAACCGUCAAAGCAUCGAGUGUAAACACGCACGCAGUGGUUGUCGCUUUCGGCCACACGUUACGAAGCGUGACGCCCGUCUAAUUGAGUAAACAAAUGCUAGCAAACCAAGAAAACGGUAAAAGGUAAAGAAAAGUAAACGAGUGAAAUAGGCUUGUGGAUUAUUCGUGUGUCCCUAGUGUGUGUGUGAAAACGGCUUACAGCUCGGAUUAACCGUGUUGCGUUACGUUCUACUAGUGCGCGCGUGUGUGCGUAACUCCUUGUAACGUUUCGAACGAGCUCAUCGUUGACGGUUGCGGUCAUCGGUGGAAAAGGCGAAAAGGAAAGACCGUCUCGUCUACCAGGACGUCCAAUAAUCGUUUCGUAAAGGCCCCGACACCGAGAAUGGAUCAGCCGCGUGGACUUAUUUUUAAAACCGGAUUAAUACUCCUGUUGGUGCUGCAAGCUACCACCUGUAUGAAAAUCAACCGUGUCCGUGUACCGGCCUCGUACAACAUAUCGCGGGACGAGACCGAAAGCAAUCCGCUCAUUCUCGGCUGCGAUUACGAGAUCGACGAAAACGAAUCGAAGGGAUUUGUGCUGAAAUGGAAGCACAACGAUCUGCAGUUCUACCAGUGGAUACCGUCAAGAAAUCCGAUCGUGUUUAGCUCCUUCAAGGGACAGAUCGAUGUGGACUAUUCCGAGUCGGAGGACCGGCUACACAAGCACAGUGCCUUAAAGUUUAUCAAUCCGAUGUCGAACUACACCGGCAACUACACGUGCCAGAUAUCGACGUUCGACGAUUUGGCAAGCGCUACCGCACACCUGCAGAUGAUUGUGCCGGAGUCGAAUUUUACGUUGGGCUUGCAACGGGAAACGAACGGCAGCACGGUGGUGUUUUGUAAUGUGGGAGAAAUUUUCCCACUGCCGGAGGUUUCCCUUAGUAUUGACAAUGAAAAGGUGUCCGACAACGUGAUGUCCAAGGAGGUACUGGAGUUUAGCGGCUAUUACAACGUCUCCGUACAGUACAUCCUACCGGACCAGAACAGGAACAUGAAGCUGGAGUGUGAGUUCUCGAUCCCGUCGACGGACUACACGCGGCGUACCUCAACGACUUACAAUGGUUCCGCGUUCCGAGCAAACGGCGCUUCAGUGCAGGUGUUUCUGGGCUUCAUCGUAACCGCAACGGUGGCAAGGAUGCUGACCAUGUUUUAAGCUCAAGUGUCAACACGUGCCACACGGCUGGCUUCCCUAACCCCUCAUUCAUCAUCCUUCCAUCCGUUCGCAGGAUCAAGUGCAAUUAAUGUAGCUAUACCACCCGGACGAGCUGGAGGUUCUGUUGUAAAUAAUUGUUUGUUUCUGCUUUAGAAUUGCGCCUAUUUAUGUACACCACCGAAUCGAAGUACGGUAGUACCACCACACACACACACAGAGACACGCGGUUUGUAAUGUUUCGUCAAACGAAAUACGUUGUGCCUUUUUGGGAGCAGAGAGAGAGAGAGAGAGAGGGAGUUACUUGUCGCAGCAAAUCGCAUUAAACGAAUCACGAUGUAUCUAUGUAUAGGAAAAAAUAUAUUUAAAAUAUAUUUUUAAAUGUUUAACUUAUUAACUUCGUGGCGCUUCGUGGAAUGCGGGCACGCGGUUUCCGUUGUUGUUGUUGAUUGUUUAGUGUGGAACAUGUCCACACCAGGAACAAUUCUAUGCGCUUCUCACAUCAGCUGCCACCGAGGAAGAAUGGCGCUUGUGCGUGUGUGUGUGUAUGUGUUGUCCGUGUCCGUGAUUAAUUUAAAUGUGUGGUUUUAGUCAAACGAUGUGCGUGGUGGUGAUGAUCGUAACGAUACUUACGUUGUUAUAACAAAAACGUUGUCGAAUAAAAUUAGUCCGCUCUUUACGAAUAAAGAGCUUCAACUCU